AUGAGCUCUGUGCUGCGCUCGACGCCAGCGCUCUUGCGACAGCUUGCACGCGCGACGAGCACCCGACCGCUCGCCCUCGCUCCCUGCACCUGCUCGUCGCCGUCAUCAACCUCCGCCCCGUCUCGCCGCCUCCUGUCGUCCUCGUCGCGGUCCAAGAUCGCCUCGAGCGAGCACCGCAACGAGCACGCCAACCCGUCCACCCUCCUCACCGACCACCCCGUGCCGGAUGUCGAGUCCAUCUCCCGGCUCGAGGGCCUCAUGCGCCUCGGCGAGAAGCUCUCGCGCGAGGCCAACAAGAUCGGCACCGUCCCGGCCCGCCUGCGAGGCGUUGGCGUCUACGAGCGAGGGCAGGGCCCGCCCGUCCCGCCGGCCGCGCGCGACAGCAAGGAGCUCCCGGCGACGAGGCGCAUGGCCGACUCGUACGUCCAGAUGGACCUGCCGUUCUCGCACGACGAGGGCUUGCGCGAGCAGUACGUCGGCGGCCUGUCCAAGGUCCGCAUGGGUCGACUCAUGGAGGACUUCGACUCGCUCGCCGGUGCGGCCGCCUACCGCUACGUUCUGCCCGACGGCGCCGAGAUCAGCGACGCGUCGGGCGUCUUCUUCCUCGUCACCGCGGCCGUCGACCGCAUGGACGUUCUGCGGCCCGUGGCCAACCCCGACGGCUCGGUGCCCGACAUCCGCCUCUCGGCGCACGUCUCGUACGCCACCUCGUCGUCGCUCGAGGUCUUUGUCCGCAUGUCGACGGUCCCGACGACGGACAAUGACAGCGAGACGAUCCUCCUCGGGCGGUUCGCCAUGGCCUGUCGGUCGGCGCAAGGCGGCAAGUUCCCCGUGCCCGAGCUCGACGUGCGUGGACCCGAGGAGCGCGCCGUGUGGCAGAUGGGCAAGGAGAUGCGCGAGGGCAAGACCAAGCGCAGCCAGCAGAGCUUGACCAAGACGCCGCCGACGGCCGACGAGGCCGCCAUGAUGCACGAGCUCUUCCUCACCAACUCGGACAUCUACGACCGCAAAUCGUCGACCCCGAACUCGAUCGUCUGGAUGGCCGACACGCGAGUCAACUCGGCGACCCUGAUGCACCCGCAGGAGCGCAACGUGCACAACAAGGUCUUUGGCGGGUACCUCAUGCGCAUCGCGUACGAGACGGCCUACAGCACGGCGUGUCUCUUUGCCCGCUCGGCCGUCACCUUCGUCUCGCUCGACGAGCUGCAAUUCGCUCAACCUGUCGAGAUCGGCUCGCUGCUGCUGCUCGACUCGAAGGUGACGUUCUCGCCCAUGCGAGGCGAGCACCGUUCCUUCCACGUCUCGGUCGAGGCUGCGACGUGUGACCUGUACACCGGCGAGCGCCGGCUCACCAACGUGUUCCACUGGACGUUCUCGAGCGACCGACCGCUGCAGCGCCACGUCCUGCCGAGGAGUUACCGGCAGACGAUGCAGUGGCUCGACGCGCAGCGGCGGCGCAAGGUCGGCAUCGAGGUCCGCAAGGGCUACGAGCAGGCCGUCGAGCCUUAGUUCGCGCCGUCCCUGUACCCUCUCUGUACCCCCUUAGGCAUUAGACUUAUAGAAUAGCCCGCACCCUCACUCGCCUCCCUCGAGCUUGUCGCCCCGUCCCUUCCCUCGACCGCCCUCCCCCUCCCUUCCCGCCUUCGAGCCAGACGAUCUGUAGAUGCGGUGAUUUCUCUAGGUGCAGUGAACGAGUCGGUCGAC